GAGAGGAGAGAGAGUGAAGAGGGAGGAGAUUGGAUGGAAGAGCCGGCGAUCAAGAUGCCCUUCAAUAAAUCACAGAUAAAUUAGCCGCCGGGUUUGAGGAAGAGAAUAUCUCAUUCUGACCGAGAGGAAGAGGGGAAGGAAGGGGAAAAAAGACGAAGGUGCGGCAGAUUGUCUCCAGCGGAGCCCCACACUGACAGGUCAAAGACAGCGUCCUGCAGCAGAGUGAAGAAAUGGGAGUCGCCCAAACUUUUCCAACACAGUUUCCAUUGGCCGUUGCAUAUUUAUUGACUCUUCUGAUUGGCUGGUCACAAUGCCAGGAUGGAGCGUGCCUGCAAGAUGGGAAACAUAAAGCCACGCCCAGUCCGGAACCUUAUCUGAGAGAUUGCACACUUUAUGCAGAAAAUGCGUGCUGUUCAGAAAAGGACAUCCAGGUGCCUACAGCUUCUCCAGGCGCCCAGGUUCAGGACUUAUACUGGGAUGGCUGUGGACCCGUCAGUCAAGGGUGCAGGGCUUUCCUUAAGCGGGUGGCCUGCUUCCAUCUGUGUUCCCCAGACAUUGCCCGCUGGCCCCACCCUCGGCGCCCCGGUUCCUUUCAGGGUGUCCCUCUCUGCCAUAGUUUCUGCAGGGACUGGUUCGACGCCUGCAAAGAGGACAGGAUGUGUUCGCACGUGACAGCGGGUGACGAAGGAUGGCCCUCCCAGGGACACAACUGCACAGGCAACUGUGUGACCUUCCAGCAGAUGUACCAAGAUGGCCGUGACCUGUGUGGCCAUAUAGGGGCCGGUUCCUUCACGCCUGUGGAGGAUGACGACAGGGAGGAGGAGAACUCGCCCACCUGUGGGUGCCUCACCCUAAGCCCCUCGGACAGGGAGGUGAUCGCCGCUUUGAGGGCCCAGCAGGAGAACCCCGAUGAGCUGGACACCACCAAGGCCGGCCUGCCAGAGUACCGCGCCCCCUGUCCCACGCGGGACCAGCACAGGGGGACCACACCGCCACCCCGCGCCCAGAGGGACGGCCAGAACGCUGUGGUGAGCAAGCGCUCCGUCUUCGUGGAGGACGUGGAAGGCAGCGGGAGCGGAUUCUAACGGCAGCGUUCCGGAAUAUUCUGGAAGCUUUAGGCCCAACCCCUUUUCUGUCUUUUCAACAUCCAGUAUCACUACAAAAUCUAAAUCACAAAGGCAGUGCUCUGCGGGCACAUUGCAGUGAUGUAUGUGCUGGUAGCUAAACGCUAACCUCAGAUUUAAAUCGGUUACCUUUCCUAAGCCUGGCUUGCAUGCUUCAGUACGGUCUGCUCAGAUAAGCAGCAUCUUCCGUACCCUCUUUCCACCAUAUUCAUGAUACUUUCAGCCCAGCUUCGAAGGUGUUAGCAAUGUUUACUAUGACAUCUUCACUCAUGGGAACCUCUCUAUUCUGAACAAAAAAAAAAACCUCCUGGAAAAAAAUGGUGUAAACGUGUCUGUCUGGUAAAUUUAAACGUCUGUAGGAAACUGUAUGGAAGGGAGGCGUCGUGCGUAAUCCGAAAAGUCGCCUAGGAAUAGUGGUGGGGGGGGGGACUUUGCGAAGUCAGAGCGCAUGGGGACAUCUGUGUCCUAAUGCUCCUGUCCCCAAACCAUAAAUCGUAGAUUAUCAAAGGCACUCCGCAUGCAGAGAUGUGUGUUUACGUGACGAGUAGCCUGGGCAGCUGUGCAAACAGCUUCCCAUCACAACCGUCUGUAUGAGUUUCAUCUGUGCAUUGUGUCAGGCCCACACGCACGCGAUCUGCUGGAGGGGAGGGGAAAGGGGUGCAGAAAGGGGUGCAGGAUGGCAAAGGACUGUGAGGUCGGCCACGGCUGAAGAAGUCAUGGCUUUGAUUGGGUCACAUGGAUCUUAGGUUAUGGUCAGCUGGAUGUUUGCAGGACAAAAUUUUACAGAAAUACAAAGCCAGUGCGGUAAUUGUUGAGCACUAGCGUGGCGGCUAGAUGACAGUGGAAAUGAAGAUAUUUGUGGCUUAUUACAUUCGGUUAUGGCCAAGACUGAUGAGACAUGUGGGCUGGACACAGGGGAGCGGGUGGGUUCCGUGUCAGUCAGCCUGAUUUGGGUAACGCGACAGAAGGCCGACAGCCCAGCUUGACCGCAGCACUGACGGAGAUCACCGACAUCCAUUUAUAUCCACCAAUUGCUGAAUAAACACUGCAUUCCUCUUU